CUCAUCAGGAAUGCAAAUAUGAUCAAUGGCUGCUACAGUUCAAUAUUAUUUGUGACCGUAUUAUUCGUUACUUUUCAAGUGUGUUUCAUGUGCCUUCAGAUUAUUACGAUGGUAACAGAUGAUUCAAAAGUGCCUAUUGUUAAAGUGAUUGCUUUCUUCUUUUAUGUCACCUAUAUGUUGACGAAUUUUUUUACAUACUGCUAUGCAGCUGAAAAACUUAUAGCAGAGAGCACCAAUAUGGCGUACGGUGCGUAUGAAUGCAAGUGGUAUGAUUUACCGUCAAAAAAUGCAAAAGAUUUAAUGUUUAUUGUAUAUCGAUCUACGAUUCCCGUUAGAAUGACAGCUGGAAAAUUCGGGACCUUUUCGUUAGAGAUGUUCGGAACAGUUAUUAAAGCAUCAAUGGGAUACUUAUCUGCAAUAAUAACAAUAAGAGAUAAAAAUUAGAAAAAACGAUAUACUGGAAGGUACACCGGAAUAUUGGUAGAAAUGGUAACGAAUUUUAAUUUCAUCACUACGAUAUCAAUUUUCAAAUAAUGGAAUAAAUAAUU